UUGAGUCCUCGGUGCAUUAAAAUCCACCCACUACACUGUUCUUCACUUCAAAUUGAACCACUGAUCUGAUGAAGUGAACGAAUUCAAGCAAAGGGUAAAGGGUGUUCGCCGAUUUGCUGCAACGAAGCCGGCGACUUCACCCUCUCUCUCUCUCUCUCUCUCUCGCUCCCCUUUCUCUCGCUUCUUCCCCAAGACGAUCUCUCUGUCUCCAAUCAUCUACUCGAUUGAGUAAUUCCUUGAGGUCGACAGCCGUCUGCGACAUCGCGGCGCUCGAUGCGACCUCUUUGUAGGUUUUGAUGGGCAAUUCUUGCCGGGGAUCCUUCGGAAGCAAGUACCAUCGCCGCAGCUCCGCCGAGCCACCGUCGUCGAAGUGCCUCCACCAGUCCGAGCGCAGCUCCGUCCCCGACGACUCCCCCAAGAAGCCACCCAAGCAGCAGCGUGAGGCCGCCGCCGCCGUCAUCAUGAGGCGGGGCUUCGACCCUAGCUCCAACUACGUGCUCGGCCACAAGACGCCCGACAUCCGGGACCUGUACAUCCUGGGGCGGAAGCUGGGGCAGGGGCAGUUCGGCACCACGUACCUGUGCACUGAGAUCGCCACGGGGAAUGACUACGCCUGCAAGUCCAUCGCCAAGCGGAAGCUGAUAUCGAAGGAGGACGUGGAGGACGUGCGGCGGGAGAUCCAGAUCAUGCACCACCUCUCCGGCCACAAGAACGUCGUCACUAUCAAGGGCGCCUUCGAGGACGCGCUGUACGUGCACAUCGUGAUGGAGCUGUGCUCCGGCGGGGAGCUCUUCGACCGGAUCAUCGAGAGGGGGCAUUUCAGUGAGCGCAAGGCGGCAGAGCUCAUCCGGAUAAUUGUUGGGGUUGUGGAGGCCUGCCAUUCGCUGGGGGUCAUGCACCGGGACCUGAAGCCGGAGAAUUUCUUGUUGGUGAAUAAAGACGAUGACUCCUCCCUCAAGGCCAUUGAUUUCGGGCUCUCUGUGUUCUUCAAGCCAGGUCAAAUUUUUACUGAUGUUGUCGGAAGCCCAUACUAUGUCGCUCCUGAAGUAUUAUGCAAGCACUAUGGACCAGAAGCUGAUGUCUGGACUGCUGGUGUUAUCUUAUAUAUACUAUUGAGUGGCGUGCCACCUUUUUGGGCUGAAACACAGCAAGGAAUAUUUGAUGCAAUCAUGAAGGGAGUCAUUGAUUUUGACUCAGAUCCAUGGCCUUUGAUCUCUGAAAGUGCCAAGGUUCUAAUAAAUAAGAUGCUUUGCUCUCUUCCUUCAGAACGCUUGACAGCCCACCAAGUACUAUGUCAUCCAUGGAUUUGUGAGCAUGGAGUUGCUCCUGAUCGAGCACUUGAUCCUGCAGUUCUCUCACGCCUAAAGCAAUUUUCAGCAAUGAAUAAAUUAAAGAAGAUGGCUUUGCGAGUUAUAGCUGAAGGCCUUUCAGAGGAGGAGAUUGCUGGAUUAAGAGAAAUGUUCCAGGCAAUGGAUACAGACAACAGUGGAUCAAUUACAUUUGAUGAGCUUAAAGCAGGUUUGAGAAGAUAUGGUUCCACUCUGAAGGAUACAGAAAUUCGUGAUCUUAUGGAAGCUGCUGAUGUGGACAACAGUGGUACCAUCGACUAUGGUGAAUUUAUUGCUGCAACAGUUCAUCUCAACAAAUUGGAACGUGAAGAACAUUUGGUGGCAGCUUUUUCAUAUUUUGAUAAGGAUGGAAGUGGUUAUAUCACAGUUGAUGAACUUCAGCAAGCCUGUAAGGAGCAUAAUAUGACUGAUGCUUCCCUCGAAGACAUUAUUAGGGAAGUGGAUCAGGAUAAUGAUGGCCGUAUUGACUAUAGUGAAUUUGUUGCUAUGAUGAGAAAGGGUACUAUGGGAAUAGGUAGGCGGACACUGCGGAACAGUUUAAACGUAAGCAUGAGAGAUGCACCAGGAGCUUUGUGAAAAUUUUAGCGACGUGCAGCUUCUGUUCAAAAACCUACCUUCUUACUUGUUGGCUCUGUUUGCCCGUUCUGAUUUGGGUUGUGAAAUGAAUUUGGAAGCAGCAUGCACGGAAGAAUUUGAGAACUUGCUGCAUGUAUCAAAAUUGAACUGAAUACUUAAUGUCUGAAUUAAGACCCCGAUGCAUUAUUGACAAUAUAGUGUUAUCUUCUCAAUUUUCAAAACAAAAAAAAUUUAGAGUUCAUAUUC